CACCCUGCAAGCCUUUAUCAAUGCCCCCUCCAUGGUUCUUUAGCAAGACAGCCUGAAAACCUCCUUCAAAAUCUGUCACAAAGGCCUCGCGAAACAAGAGCGAGAUGGGGAACACGCUUGGGGGAACUGGAGAGAAGAGUGCGAAAGAGUUCGAGCCGAUCAUCGAGAAAUGUUACGAAAAAUACGUCGACGAGAAAGAAAAGGUGGAGGCUGGAAAUAAAGAAAAGGCGGAGGAAUUAGGCUUGGCGGAUUUUUACCACCUUGUCUGCGAAACCGUGGAAGAAAUCAAUAAGAAGCUGGGGAACACGCAAUUUUGCGUGCCCAAGGUCUCCACUCUGGAUCAUGUUUAUCUGACUCACCAUCAAGGGAAAGGGAAAUCGCUGACCAAGGAAGAGUUCCAGACGAUCAUGCAAGAGGUGAUCGUGGACACGGGGGUCACCGGCUUCGGAGCCAAGGACAUCUUCUUCUACCUCUUCGGCGUCCCAGUGACGGCGCUGUUCAUCAAGCAAAGGGUCGCGCCGGACGCGGUCCCCAAUGAGAUCUUCAUCCCCGGUAUCACGUCCCUCACCGUCUUCGUCCUGGCGAAGAUUAACAAGAUAUGAACUGACUCAAACCUGCGGCAUUUACAUAUGGGCUUGUCUAUAGUUCGUGCUGCUUUUCCCUUCAUAUAUGGACGAGGAGGAUCGUUUGCUCUUGCCUUUUGGUUGAAAUGUCAAUUUAUCAAGCUUAAUGCUCGUGUGAUGAUUCAAAUUA